GGCUGGGCAGAUGGACGAGGAGGACCCGGCCGGUCGGCGGAGACCGGAGGAGGAGGGUUCGGAGAGAUGGGAGGAGGCAGCCGAGGAGGGACAGCAGUCUUGGGUGUGGGCCAACCGGGUAGAAGGGGACCAGCGGGACCUGUUGAUGGGGCUGAGCGGCCAAGAGAGCCGGGAGGCGGCGGAGCCCCCGGAGGUCCCGGAGACGACGGACCCGGAGGAAGCGAAGGAGCCGAGGCCGGUGGGCUCGGGCGGCGGGAGCAGAGAAGGGCGGGCGGGGUGGGAGCCCUCCGAGGCGAGGGGCGGGGAGAGGGCGGCCCCCGGGGGAGGGGCGACGGCGGGGCGGGAGGGAGAGAGCUGCGGAGAGGGGCGGGGCGAAAGUGACCGGGUGGAAGCCGAGGGGCAGUCCCGGGUGGCCGUGAGUAUCAGCAGCCCACGGGAGGAGUUGUGGAGCCUGGGCGUCCCGGGGCCCAGGAAGCUCCGGGAGCGGUACUGGGAGGGCACCCAGGAGCGCUACCGGGAGAGAGAGGUGAAGCGCAAGGCCAAGGGCGCGAAGCCGUUCCGUAGUAAGUACCAGCUGGAGAAGAAGCCCAACUGGCUGAAGAACCCGACGCUGGUGGGGACCGAGCCGAGGGAGGUCCUCAAAGUGAAGACUGCCGAAAACUUGGGCAACUGGGUGUCGGGGCAGCAAAGCCAGCGGGCCACGGUUCGAUUCAGCCUCUACCCCAGACCUCAUCUCCAGUCGCAGUGGUCCAUCUGCCGCCACUCGGUCAGUGUCAUUAACGAGCUGGCAAAGAUGGGCGAUCCAGACGUCCUGGAGAUGGUGCAGGAGGAAGAAAGACUAUCCAAUUUAGAAGCAGAAUAUGUUUUCGGAAUGAAUGAGAACCAGCAGUCCCUGAGCAGCAGAGAGACCAGCUUUCUCAUCAGUGAAGAACCAGUGUCUGCAAAGCGAUUCAAUUUGUUCCUGAGGCGACGUCUUAUGUUUAAAAAGGAUGAACAAAGCAAAGAUUCUAUCUUCUUCCGAGACGGGAUUAGGCAAAUUGAUUUUGUGCUCUCCUAUGUUGAUGACAUUAAGAAAGAAGCGGAAUUAAAGGCGGAAAGGAGAAAAGAAUUUGAACAAAAUCUUAGAAAAACAGGUCUUGAGUUGGAAAUUGAAGACAAAAGGAACUCCGAAGAUGGAAGGACUUAUUUUGUCAAGAUCCAUGCCCCUUGGGAGGUACUGGUUACUUACGCUGAAGUGUUGGGAAUCAAAAUGCCUAUUAAAGAGAGCGAUAUUCCUCCAGCUGAGAAUAUCCCCUUUAGUUAUAUGCUCGGGCCUCUGAAGCUCCCAAAGAAUGUGAGGCACCCUCGUCCUGAAUAUUUCACUGCUCAAUUCACCAGACAUCGGCAGGAACUCUUCCUCAUUGAAGACGAGUCAAGCUUCUUUCCAUCCUCAAUGAGAAACAGAAUUGUUUAUUACAUUCUCUCACGAUGUCCUUUUGGCAUAGAAGAUGGGAAGAAAAAGUUUGGGAUUGAAAGACUGCUAACUUCUAAUACUUACUCAUCUGCCUAUCCACUCCAUGAUGGUCAAUAUUGGAAGCCUUCAGCACCUCCCAAUCCUGUCAACGAGAGGUACAUACUUUUCCAGAAUUGGGCUCGGUUUUCCUAUUUUUACAAGGAGCAACCUUUAGAUUUGGUUAGGAAUUAUUUUGGAGAAAAAAUUGCCAUGUAUUUUGUCUUUCUUGGAUUUUACACCGAGAUGCUGUCCUUUGCAGCUAUAGUUGGCUUAGCGUGUUUCAUUUACGGCUUAUUAUCCAUGCAUAGUAACUCAAACAGCUCUGAGAUCUGUGACCCUACAAUUGGAGGUCAGAUUAUCAUGUGCCCACUCUGUGAUCAAGUGUGCGAUUAUUGGAGACUAAAUACCACGUGUUUGGCUUCCAAGAUCUCCCAUUUGUUUGAUAACGAGUCGACAGUGUUCUUUGCAAUAUUCAUGGGAAUUUGGGUCACAUUGUUCUUGGAGUUUUGGAAACAGCGACAGGCCAGAAUGGAAUAUGAGUGGGACCUGGUGGACUUCGAAGAGGAACAGCAGCAGCUUCAGCUGAGACCGGAGUUUGAAGCAAUGUGUAAACACAGGAAGAUGAAUGCGGUGACUAAGGAGAUGGAACCAUACAUGCCUCUGUGGAGUCGUCUCCCAUGGUACUUUUUAUCAGGAGCUACGGUGACGUUUUGGAUGGCCCUUGUCAUCGCCUGUAUGGUAGCUGUGAUUGUGUACCGCCUGUCAGUGUUUGCUACAUUUGCUAGCUUUAUGGAAAGUGAAGCAUCCUUUAAGCAUGUCAAAAGUUUCCUCACUCCCCAGAUAACCACGUCACUCAGUGGAUCCUGCUUGAACUUUAUCGUUAUCUUGAUCUUGAAUUUCAUUUAUGAAAAGAUAUCUGUAUGGAUUACAAAAAUGGAAAUUCCUCGAACUUAUCAGGAAUAUGAGAGCAGUCUUACCUUGAAAAUGUUCCUGUUUCAGUUUGUGAAUUUUUACUCGUCCUGCUUCUACGUAGCUUUCUUUAAAGGGAAGUUCGUGGGCUAUCCCGGAAAAUACACAUAUUUGUUUCAUGCGUGGAGAAGUGAAGAGUGUGACCCUGGAGGCUGUCUAAUAGAAUUGACAGCCCAGCUGACCAUCAUAAUGACUGGAAAACAGAUCUUCGGAAAUAUCAAAGAAGCCAUUUAUCCUAUGGUUCUGAAUUGGUGGAGACGUCGAAAAGCUCGAACCAACUCUGAAAAGCUAUACAGUCGAUGGGAGCAGGAUCAUGACCUCGAAACUUUCGGAUCUCUUGGGCUCUUCUAUGAGUACUUAGAAACAGUUACCCAGUUUGGAUUUGUUACAUUAUUUGUGGCCUCUUUUCCUCUGGCUCCUCUUCUUGCUCUCUUGAAUAAUAUUAUAGAGAUCCGAGUGGAUGCCUGGAAACUUACAACUCAGUAUAGGAGACCCGUGGCUGCUAAAGCUCACAGCAUAGGUGUUUGGCAAGACAUUCUUUAUGGAAUGGCUGUCCUUUCUGUGGCAACUAACGCUUUUAUUGUGGCAUUUACAUCGGACAUCAUUCCCCGUUUGGUUUACUACUAUGCCUACUCGACGGAUGACUCGGAGCCCAUGAGAGGAUAUGUCAAUGACAGCCUGUCAACAUUCCUUAUAGCUGAUUUUCCAAACCACACUGCACCUUCGGAAAAACGAGACUUCGUCACUUGCAGGUACAGAGAUUACAGAUAUCCUCCUGAUCAUGAUCAGAAAUAUUUUCAUAAUAUGCAGUACUGGCACGUCCUCGCUGCCAAGAUGACCUUCAUCAUUGUUAUGGAACACGUUGUGUUUUUAGUUAAAUUUUUGUUGGCCUGGAUGAUCCCUGAUGUUCCAAAAGUUGUUCUGGACAGAAUCAAGCGAGAAAAGUUAAUGACUGUCAAGAUUCUUCAUGACUUUGAGCUUCACAAAUUAAAAGAGAACUUGAAAAUUAGUUCUACUGAACUUGCCAAACAAGUCUUGAUUCAGGAAAACAAAGCACAACUGGCUAACUCAGCAGUCUAAUCACCAUAGUGAGCAAGCAGUCAGUUGCCUCUCUGGCGUCCCAACUUUCCCUGCGUUUUGGGUAGAGGCCAGAAGGCAUGUAUCAGUUUCACCCCACGUCCUCUUCCUUCUUUUUGAAUUCAGAGUUUUUGUACACUUUUACAGAGGCCUACUUUGUGAGGUUGGAAGAAUACCACUUGUCUGCUUUAUUGGCUGAACUCUUCCCCGAUAUUGUUUUCUAGAGUUCUAGAAAUGAUUGUUAAAAGUGCGUGUUGAAUCAGAAUAUUGGAAAAUCAUGGAAUGUUGCAGUUUAGAAUUAAACACUGGACUCGGGCUGUCUUAUCACGUUCCAGUGCAUCUGCACAUUUUCAUGGUCUUCUGUUGGGUUGUUUUAUAACUCCUUCCCAUCAAGAAAAAUGUUGGUACAAAAGGAAAGGAAUUGAAGUGGCCUCCUGAGCCAUGUAUCUCCUGCCAUUGCAGACUAUGUGAAUGAAAAAACAAAAUCAGAUGACUUAAGAAAACUCACAUAUUAAAAAUGUUGGGUGGAUAUCAUGGCGGGGGUUUGUUUC